CUCUACUCCAAUUCACAAGAACUACCUUUGCCCCAUACAACAAUAGCAAAAUAGAAAAAAAAAAAAAACCAUGCCAUCCAAACGCCCCCUCCUCUCCCGCAAAACCGACCUCGCCCUCCUCAUCUUCUUCUGCCUGCACACCUUCUUCACCAGCUGCCUCGACUGUCUCGACCUGUACCCGUCCUGGAUCCAUGCCUACCCACCAUUCCCUCACCUCCUCGCCCUCCGCUCCUUCUACAUUGACACAUACCAGGACAAAUUCUUCGUCGACCCGCCACCCUGGUUCGUUGCUUGUACCUGGUUGGAAUUGUUGUAUCAUGUGCCGACGUGUAUAUGGGCUGUUAGGGGGUUGUAUCGUGAUGAACCGCUGCUCCCUAUCGGUUUGAUUGUAUGGGCUGUGGAGGUGUUCAUUACGACGUUGCUUUGUCUCGUGGAUAUUUGGAGUUGGGUUGAUAGGUCGACCGAGGUGAAGUGGGGAUUGACGGGGUGUUAUGCGCCGUAUUUGGGUAUUUCCGCAUGGAUUGUUGUUGUGAUGUAUGGACGGUUGAAAGACGCGUUGCUGGGGCAGAGGGAACAGCGGGAGAGGAUUAAAGAGCAGUGAAUAUAAAAAUCUGUGGGAAUAUCUACUUGCGAAUGGAAAUGUAUUCACGUCAAAAAUCUGGGGCAUCUAUCUAUCGUAUCUUGGAGAAGGAAGGGGGAAAAAUGAUGAAGCUGAAGAAUCUUCGAAGGAUAGGAGUAACGACGGUCAACUUCCCACGA